UUUCGGCUUACCAGCACGUGAACGACAUGCCUUCAAAACAACCACCAACGUUAGGUAGUUUAGCUCUUCAGGCGACACCGCACUUGGUUCAUGUCUCCCCAUCAACAUGUCACAACCUCAGCAUGUUCAAAGACCUUCUCAAAGAAUAUCGUAGACUGGAUGAUACGAUUACUAUGCGGCUAAAUCGCUCAAAUGCACAGUUUCGUGAUCGUGAUCGUGCAGGGACAAGCGGCAAAGGCAAUAUUCAGGACCAAGCUUGCGCCUACGUAUGGAAGGAACUGGUCGAAAACUGGAAACGGCGUACAGAAAUGAUAAAUUAUUGCGUCGAUGUCGUCGAUCAGUCCAUGGAGGAGAAGCGAAAGUCAUUGACAAGCGAAGAGGGCGAUGUCAGGGCUCAAAGAAAGACGCAAGCAGCCAUGUUUGCGGAUGAGGUGAAGAGAAAUCAAGUUCACAAUGAAUUAGCCAUCGAGAAGAUCGUGCGCCAGCGAUCACUUGACGCGUUUCGAUCAAGGUGUCAAUAUUUUUCGCCUCCUUUAACGGAUUCCGAGGCGCGGAAGUGGUGGGAUGCUGUUCACAUCCAAGAAUCGCCGUAGGCGAUGCUAGAAGUCUAAGUUACUCAAUACUAUGAGUUGCUUAUAUAAUCAUGGUAAUGAUGCAAUAGCGGAAGCACUUUAGAACAGCUUAUAUAAUUAUGGUGAUGAUGCCACCACAAGUUCCAGCCAACU